AUGAGAGAAUAAGAAGAGAAAGAAAUAUCAUAAAAGAGAAAAUAAGAUUUGGUAGUUAAAUUGAAAUCUCGGUAUGUGAAAGAAGAGCAGAAAGAAAUUAAAUAAUAAGUUUCAUUGCCAAGUAUCAACACUCCAGAAUCAAGCAAGAACAGACAAUCAAGUCUGAAAAAAGAAGAUUUAAUGCUUGAAUAAAAGAUGAGAAUAUAAGAGAAAUAAAGAUAGUAAAUAUAUUUGGAAUCCAUAAAGACACGGUAAUUACAAGAAAAAUAAAAGAAAGAAGAUAUGAUUUAAAGAUAAGAGAUAAUUAAAUAAAGUGUAAAAUAGAAAGUUUUAAAUUAAUUGUCUGAAGUGGCAUAGUUUGUGACUAAGGAUGAUUUAUUGGAAUAAGAUAGUGGAUCAGAUGAUUAAGAUGCUUAGAAAGUCAAAUUAAAGAAAUAUCCAUUCAUCACAGACUUGAAAUAAUGGAAAAAAAAGUAACGUAUCGAUGAGGCAGUGAAAGUGUUCAUAAUGGUUGGUGGUUAUGGAGAUAUAGCUAAAGCAUUAAUACAAAGAGGUUGGGUAAAGAAUCCAGAUAGUGGAAGUCCAUGCUUUGAUUUCAAAUUCACAUUGCACAAUUCAGAAAUAGACUAUAAUAAUUUAUAAGACUUUUAGAUUGUCAAUCACUUUGCAAAGAUUAUAUGUUUAACCACUAAAGUUGGAUUAUGCAAGUCUCUAAAUAAUUUAAUCUGGUUUAAUAAUGUAGAUAAAAAUACAUUCUACCCGAGAGCAUUUGAUUUAUCUGAUGAGGAGGAUUUCGAAAAUUUUAGAGAAGAAUUCAAAUUGUCAAAAGCUGAAGCAAUCUUAAAAAUGUAUUUGCAUUUAUUCAAGAAGAAGGAUGCUAAUUUGAUUGAGAAAAUCAAACCAUAAGCUAUAAUAGCAUUGUCUGUAUGCAGGAAGAUGUUACAAGAUAUUAAUGAACUCAUUGAUCAAUAGAAAUAGACCGCAGUAAUCACAUAAAAGGAAUGGGACAUACUCUCUAAAGAUGAUUUAAAUGUUUAGGCAUUAGCCUAGAAAAAACAUUAAGCUUGGCUGGCUAAAAUUGGAGAAGUUAAACCUUUGAAAAAGAAGAAGAAGAGUAAAUUAGAAAAAGAAUAGGAUGAUUCUAUUGAAGAUGUAGAUGAAUUUACAUAAUAAAUUAUUGAUAUUUUAUAAUCAUUUAAGAAUAGAUUUCCAUAGUACUAUUUAAAUGGAGUUGAAAAUAUUUGGAUUGUUAAACCUGCUGGUUUAUCUAGGGGAAGGGGAAUCCAAUGUUACAAAAAUCUAGUUGAAAUCGAAGAUCAUGUUGCAUCCAAGGGAGCAUAGUGGAUUAUACAAAAAUAUAUAGAAAAACCAUUAAUAGUACUUGGUAAGAAAAUGGACAUCAGAUAAUGGGUUUUAAUUACUGAUUGGAAUCCUUUGACUGUUUGGAUUUAUGAUGAAGCAUAUCUCCGUUUUACUGCUGAAGAAUAUGAUCCUAAAGAUUUAGAAAACAAGAUGUCCCAUUUAACAAAUAAUUCUAUUUAGAAAAAGGGAGAAAACUUCUAUAAGUCUGAUAUUGAAGGGAAUAUGUGGAAUUAAGAAUAAUUUAGUGAUUAUUUAAUGAAAACUCAUUAAGUAAACUUCAUGGAAAUCAUUAGACCUUAAUUUGAAUAAGCUAUCAUAUGGUCAUUAUAAAGUGUACAAGAUCAAGUAGAAUAAAGAAAGAAUUCUCAUGAAAUUUUAGGGUAUGAUUUCAUGAUUGAUGAUAAAUUUCAUGUUUGGUUAAUUGAAAUCAAUAGUAGUCCAGACUUUUCAUAUUCGACUCAUGUAACUGAAAAACUAGUUAAAGAUGUAUCAGAAGAUUUAAUUAAAGUUGUGAUUGACAGAGAAAAUGAUAAGAAAUGCGACACCGGCAAAUUCAAAAGAAUCUACAAAGCCAAAUCUGUUUUAGAAAAGCCUGCAUCAGUUGGAUUAAAUUUAUGUUUGGAGGGAAAAAAAAUAAAGAAGGUUAAAGGAUGA